AUGGGUUCACGCCCACCGAGAUUCCUGCUGCUCGACGCCAGGCCAGGAAGUGCUGCGCCCGCGGCAGUGCCUCUUCGCUGGAGCCUCAUGCCACGCGUCAUCACUACAGAUGUGGCCGGGCACGUGGGGGGAGGCGAGGAGUACCAUGAGUUUGCCUUCAGUCACCUCUCGGCGCUGCGUGUUGGGAUCUUUUUGGCCGUUCGGGCCGCGGGGGAUAUCCAUAUGCAUGCAGAGCAACUGCAUUUUCGAUUUGUUGCCCAGGCCACGGUUCAUAGCAUGAGUUUGCUUAUUGCAGGUCGGUUUGUGCGGUGUUCCUGGCUUGCCUAG